CUUUCUGUCUGCUAUUUCCCAAGCCACACUUAAGGUUGGAUCUAUAAUUAGUAAGGGGGCCUUCGGCAGUAUAUAAGCCUCUCGAGAACAGGUCACUACGCGGCUUCAGUCUUCACUUCUUGAGCUUCUUAGACUUCACACCGUCCCAGCAUGGCACCCAAAAAGGCUAAGAGGAGGGCAGGUGGAGGAGAGGGUUCCUCCAACGUCUUCUCCAUGUUUGAGCAGAGCCAGAUUCAGGAGUACAAGGAGGCUUUCACAAUCAUUGACCAGAACAGAGACGGCAUCAUCAGCAAAGAUGACCUUAGGGACGUGUUGGCCUCAAUGGGUCAGCUGAACGUGAAGAAUGAGGAGCUGGAGGCUAUGAUCAAGGAGGCCAGCGGCCCAAUCAACUUCACUGUUUUCCUCACCAUGUUUGGAGAGAAGCUGAAGGGUGCUGACCCCGAAGACGUCAUUGUGUCUGCCUUCAAGGUGCUGGAUCCAGAGGGCACCGGCACCAUCAAGAAGCAAUUCCUUGAGGAGCUUCUGACCACUCAGUGCGACAGGUUCUCUGCAGAGGAGAUGAAGAACCUGUGGGCCGCCUUCCCCCCAGAUGUGGCUGGCAAUGUUGACUACAAGAACAUCUGCUACGUCAUCACACACGGAGAGGAGAAGGAGGAGUAAACAGCUGCGGAGAAAAGACAGAAAAUGAAGAGAUGAACGCGUAUCCCUCACUGCUUUACUCUCCCAGGCUGUUCUUUGUCCUCCUUCUCUUACUUUGUGUAUCUUCCUCGCUUUCUUUCUUUCCAUCAUCUUUGUUACUUUCAAGCACUUACUCUCUCCAUCUCUCCAAAGACUUGUCUCGCUGAGACUGAACUGGGAAGGGUGGAGAGGCUCAUGACCACAGUGUCUGUCAAGUGGGGACAUGGGAUUGUUUUCAAUAAAAUGAACAUAAUUUCUAUAUCUCUCA